AUGAAGAUCUUUACCGGGACCAUCAUCUUAGUAUUCAUCCUUCAAAUCCUCGUUCUUGCACGGUCUUCAUUACCGCCGACAGAGCGCUUGCAUUCCAUCUCCAACUCUUUGUCCGUUCCAUUCGCACGGCCACGCCCCCUACCUAUCCCUCAGUUCAACUGCUACGGCAGUACACAAUGCAUUCCGCCAGUCUCACCAGGCCUCCUUAAGAAGUCGGUAGAGAAGCACGCCACUUGCGCAAAAUACUCACGAUUUCCUGCUCCUCGCACCCGGAUAGCGAUGGUGACCGCACACUUCGGUGGCCUACAAGGAAACAAGCACUACACCAAAGCCUUCAGCACCCAUCUCGAACACGCCCUCGUGCACGGUACCGAGGUGCACGUCUUAUGCGAUAAGAUGAUCGACGAUCUUUGGAAUAAACCCGCGUUCAUUCUAGACCUGCUCUUGCGAGAAAUGAUCAAACCUGAGAGCAAGCGUUUCGAAUGGCUUGUCUGGGUGGACCGCGACACGCUAAUUCUCGAUCAAUGUCGACCCGUAACAUCGUUCCUACCAUCCUCCAUAUCAGAAACAGCUGUAGCGAAAUGGUGGCGCCGCAACAAACAGGGAAAAAGCGAAGAGCCCAACAAAGCCUCUCCGGAAGUCAAUCUUCUGGCGACAGAUGACAUGAACGGUCUCAACAAUGGCAUUUUCCUCUUACGGGUCUCACCUUGGGCCGUCGAAGUGUUCACGGCGAUCCUUGCCUACCGGCACUACAACCCCAAAGUCGAGCUCAAAUUUACAGAGCAGUCGGCCAUGGAGCUAGUGCUCAAGGAUGAUCGAUUCAAAGAUAAGGUACAAUUCGUACCUCAACACUGGUUCAAUGCGUAUUCGCACGGCGGUCCGGAAGAGUUUAUAUCGAGGAAUGACACAAAGGAGGCGGGCAUGGAAGAGGUGCAUGCAAGGAGAGGAGAUUGGUUGAUACAUUUUGCAGGCAACUCGCAUAAGGAUGAGGCAUUAAAUGGGUGGGCGGAUAUGCUUGAGGAUAUGGAGGAUGUGUGGGAGACGGACAGGGUGCAGAGGAAUAUUGAUGGUGAGGCGAGGCAAUUCUGGCAGGAGAAAGGAUUUAGGCCGUAA